AUGACCAUCAUGGAGGUCUCCCUGCUCACCGGCUUCUACCCCAACCAGGAUGAUCUCAAACAGCUCACAAGUGAUGUGGAGAGGUACUCCUUUCAGCAUGAAACCAAGACAAGUACCAGCGAUAGCACCAUUGUCCUCUACCUGGAGAAGCUUUCCCAUGAGAAAAACACAGUGCUGGGCUUUCGGGUUCACAGGAUGCUGCAGGUGGAGUUCCUGCAGGCCGCGCUGAUCACCGUCUACGACUACUAUGAGCCUUCCUGGGGAUGCAGCACUUUCUACAACCUGCCCACAGAGCAAUCUUCCCUGCAAAAGAUCUGCCACAAAGACGUCUGCAGAUGUGCAGAGGGACAGUGCCCAUCCCUGCGGAAGCCCAGUGUCCAACUGAGGCAGGAGGAGCUCCAGGUAGCAGCAUGUGAGACAGGCGUGGAUUUUGAGUACAAGACAAAGCUGGAAUCUGUGAAGGUCUCUGCCUCUAACCCUUACGUCUAUUACAACAUGCAGCUUGAAGACAUCAUUAAGAGUGGUGUGUCCCAGCUACAGCUACGUCCUGGGCCAGGAGACAGAGAUGCCAGCAAGGAAGAGUCGCGGGGCCAACUGGAGGAAUUUUCGGAAUACAUGCUCACCCACGGCUGUGAGUCCUGA